AUGAUGCUGCAAAGCUCUGCCGUUGUCCUAGCGGCCCUCGCCGGGCCGGCCUCCGCUAGCUACGCCUUCUACGUCGGCAAGGACCUCACCGCCGACGGGAGCGUCAUGGUCGGCGGCACCGGCGAAGAGGUCUCCUCCCACUGGCUCCAGCUGUUUCCCGCCGCCGACCACGCGGCUAACGCAACGAUCACCGUCGGCGUGACGGACAAGGCCAGCAUUCCCGGCGAGCUCUUUACGAUCGCGCAGGUCAGCCACACCUACCGGUACAUGUCGAUGGAGUACUCGGACUUCGAGGGCUUCCCAGCGCCGCUCACCAACGGCGGCCUUAACGAGAACGGCGUCACCGUCCGUGACGUAUGGGCGCAGAAUCGCGAUGAGCUAGUCAACAUGACCCCGACCCCGCAGCACGGAAUCCAGUACAGCGACCUUGCGCGCAUCGUCAUGGAACGAGCUAGGACUGCUCGAGAGGGCGUGAAAAUCAUUGGCGACUUGAUGAACCAGUACGGCGAGGCAACUUACGGCGGAAACACUCACUUGAUCGCCGACAAGGACGAGGGCUGGGUUGUCUGGGAGAUGGCCGGCGGCAAGAAGCUAUGGGCGGCAGAGCGUCUCAAGACCGACGAGGUCCGCGUUCUAUACCCUGGCUACAUUGAGGACUUUCCCACCGACUUUGCCAACAGCUCCGAUUAUAUGGGCUCCGAGAACAUUGUCUCCUUUGCCGUCGAGCAAGGUUGGUGGGAUCCCAACGGGGGCGUGCCCUUCAACAUCUUCAACGCGUACGGCGAAAAGGGCGAGAAUAUGACUGCCCGUGACGGCGGCUUCAAGUUCAUGUCCCAAGCCGCGCUCGAGAACGCCACCCUUGAGAUGGUUCCUCUCACCGAGGAGAAGCUGAUGGAGCGCGUCCGCGACAAGCGCAUCGCCGAUGACGAGGCAGGCUACGGGCAAAUCGUCAGCUUGAAAGCUGGUAUCGAUGCGGACCUGCUGCGCAUUUGGAAUGCUCCUGCGACUUCCGUCUCGUCGCCAUUCGUGCCGUGGUGGCUCGGUGUCAACAGCGUGCCCCCCGAAUUCGGCGAGCACCGCUAUCUCACCACCGGCGCCUCGGGUAGCUUCCUGAACCCGGAUUUCCAGCUGCAGGAGGCGAGCGUCUUUGCCGGUCGCAUCUUCAAGCGCGUGCUGUAUUACAUGUGCUCAUCCCCAGACAUCUAUCUGCCCAUCGUCACGCAGAUGCUCACGGGCUUCGAGAACCAGAGCCGCAGCGACGUAGACUGGGUCGAGACAAGCGCUAGAGUUCUCAUCGAGAACAACGAGCGUGAGGCGGCGCAUUCGCUGCUCACGUACUACUCGCACAGCAGAGCUGCCAAGGCGCUCGAGCUGGGCAAGACAAUGACUGAUGCUCUUGAUGGAUAUAUCAAGCUCACUGGGCAAUGGAAGAAUCCUGUCGGCAGCGAGAUUAACGAUGCUGGCGAGGGCGCGGAGACGGUCAACUGCCUUGUUGGUUAUGAUCCUGAUCAACCUAUCUGGAAGCAGCCUGCGCAUCCUACUCGACGCAGGAGAAGCAUGAGGAACAAGAUGAUUGUUCAGCGUCAUCACUGA